UGUGAAGCAAACAAAUCCCAAAACGGGGUACGUAACCGCUAAAAAACGCUCCUCUAUAUCACAUCCGCUGAUUUUGGCGGCACUAAGACCGCAACUCUCCUCAAACCCCGUCGCCUCCAACAUUUUCUCUCAAUUUUCUCUCCACAUUCCACUAUUUCUUGCUUAAUCUCCUCAACGUGGAUUCAACAGUUAAUUUCUCCAAAACCCAUGUUUUAUUUUGUGUUUAGACCUUCGCUAUAAAUGUGGAAGAGGGAGAGCAGGACAGAGGAGCCAUGGAGUGGUUGGACGAUUCAUUGUCUCUCUCUAGCCUCUUGUGUCACGAAAAUGACGAAGUUUGUUUUAAUAGACAGGAAGAUGAGACCGAUUACAUGAGCUAUCCGGGUUGUUUUUCCUUAGGGGGUGCAGAUGACGAGGAGUAUAUAGAAGGGUUGAUUCGAAGAGAAGAUGCCCAAUUUGAUUCCAAAUGCCAUCUAUCAUCCUCUCACGAUUGCGCAACCACCGCUGGCCAGAGCUGGCUCAAAUGUGCGCGAUUGGAAUCCAUUGAAUGGAUUUUAAAUACAAGAGCAAUAUUUGGAUUCCAUUUCAAUACAGUUUAUCUUUCUGUGAAUUUCUUCGAUCGAUUCCUUUCAAAGCGAGCCAUUGAUGAUCGAAAAUCGUGGGCUUUUCGAUUGCUAUCGAUAGCUUGCUUAUCGUUGGCAGUGAAGAUGGAGGAGUAUAAAGUACCAGCCCUAUCAGAGUUUCCAGUUGAAGAUUAUUACUUUGAGAGUAAAUCAAUACAGAGGAUGGAGUUGUUGGUGUUGAAUACUUUAGAGUGGAAAAUGGGUUUGAUCACUCCUUUCGCUUACCUACAUUACCUGAUUCACAAAAUUGGCGGUGAAUCUAAACGAAAAGUAGUGUCUGGAGCUGUGGAACUUAUUGUGGAGAUGAUCAAAGAAAUUAAUUUGAUUGAUCAUAGGCCUUCUGUCAUCGCUGUCGCUGCAAUAUUCGCUGCAUCUGAUAAUCAAUUAUCGCAGAAAAGUUUGGAGCACAAGAUGACCAAAUUGUCUUUGUUCAGUUCACUAGAAAAUGAACAUAUAUUUUCCUGUUAUACUUUAAUGCUAGAGAUAGAUAUGAGAAAAUCUAAGACACCCAUUUCUGUGAUUUCGCCACUUGUAUCAUCAAUGCAUUCUAUGUCAACCGAUGCUGCUGAGAAUACUUUUACAUCCAGAACUGGCAUAAAGAGGUGUCUAACUUUCAGUAGCUCUGAUCAAGGUUGUCCGGUAAAGAAAAUCCAUCGGCAAUAGUUGUAUGUGAUUUGAUAUGAAGAUUGAUUUGGGUUUAUUGAUUGAAUUAUACGAUCCUGUUCUGGGCUGAAAAUUGAUUCUUGCUACCAGAUUGGACUAUUGGCUUUACUGAUUGCUAUAUGCCAUUUUAUGGUAUGAGUUGGAAUUCGAUAAUUGAGUUCCAUUUUUUGAGCAUCUAUCAAAAGUUUCCAGCCAGUGCAGCGGAACUGCGGAAGAGAUGAUUACUGAAAAAUAGAAAGUAAAUAAAGAAAGUGAAUAUCUUUAGCCAAAGAAGCUGACUUGAAAGCCCAAGAAGUGAAGAAGAGAGAGGCCAAGAGAGCACCAGAAGGCCAUUGAAGACUUGUUUGUCUAUAGUGCUUUUCUUUAGUGUUUGCUUUCUUCGAUGCUGCUGCUGCUGCUAUUGCUUACUUUAUUUUCUCAUAAUUUAUUUUCCUGUUACUUUUUUCCUUACUGUGACAGAAUAUAUAUUGAUGUAAACAUCACUUGCAACCCCCUACCUUUUGAAGGGGGGCUUGGGAUGCAUCCCAUGUCUUUUAAAAGGCUGAAAGCCAUGAGGAAUGAAGAAUUGUUUUUGUUUGAUUUGAUACAUCUGUGUUGCAUUUUGGGCCAUUGAAGGCUAUGUAAAGAAGAUGGUGAUUGGAUA